GUUGUAGUUUUACGUGGUGUGACGCGACAAAACGUCCCCUUUACGGCGAAAUAAACUACAAUCACGCAGGCGCACUUUGUUGACCUUCUUUUGCUGAGAAGCAUGGCUACCCGGGCGCUUACAAAAGGUCUGUUGGGGUUGCGCCAUGUUCGGGGUCCCACAGUUAAAUUAUCCAACAGUGGACAUCAAUUUGCCACCGCAUCUUCCAUUAUAUCACCUGAGCCGCAAACUUACUCCGUCAGAGAUAAAAUGCUGGAUCUGCCACUAGAGAAACAGGACCUUUUCCGGGUGUCGGAGCUGUUUACUGUGAAGGACUUGUUCGACGCCAGAGUGCAUCUUGGACACAAGAAAGGCUGCAGGCACAGGCUCAUGGAACCUUACCUGUACGACUCCAGCUUGGACUACGACAUCAUCGACCUGGACAAGACGGCGGAGGACCUCCGGCGGGCCCUGGACGUCACGGCUCACACCGCGUACGGCGGCGGCAUCAUCCUCUUCAUCAGCCGCCGCCGCCAGUUCUGCCACCUGGUAGAGAACACGGCCAAGCAGUGCGGGGAGUACGCGCACACGCGCUACUGGCAGGGGGGCCUCUUCACCAACGCUCACAUCCAGUACGGCCCCGGCGUCCGGCUGCCCGACCUCGUCGUCUUCCUGUCCACGCUUAACAACGUGUUCCAGCAGCACGUGGCCAUCAGGGACGCCCGCAAGAUGAACAUUCCCACCGUCGGCGUGGUGGACUCCAACUGCAACCCCAGCUUGAUCACCUACCCUGUGCCAGGGAACGACGACACUCCGGUUGCCAUGGAGCUGUACUGCCGCUUGUUCAAGACGGUCAUCAACAGAGCCAAAAACAAACGAAAACAGAUGGAGCUCCUCCGCAGCCUGUCGGAGCCCAGCUCAUGAGUCAUGUUUAAGAGAGAUGAUGAUACAGUUUUAAAAAUAAGAAGAAGAAAAAAAAAUCUACAGCUCGUAUUGUAUUAUAACUUCUUUCUUGCAUAGUUGACUUCACAGGACUGUGCGUAUGUUGCUCAUUAAAAAGAAAUCUUGUUACUGUAAUAGGAUUUUUCUCAUAAUUAUUCAAGUCAAAUUUAUCACAUUUCAGCAAAGAGGUUCAAAGUGCUUUACAUCAUGAAAACAUCAUACGGUCUCCAAUUAUGGAACAACCAAUAAACAUGAUAUUUUGUUAAAG